AUGACGCAACAUUCAUCAAAUAACCGAAAUUUUAACACUCCCAACACCCCCAAUACCUACCAUAAACCACGUGGAACCCAUGCGCGCGUCUCCAGAGUAAGGGUGACAACCGUUGGAAAACCUUGUUUCUCUGAAAAGCAACUUAGAAGUUGUCCAAAGUGUAAAGAGUCUGCAAAUAACGUGAAAAUGCUGACGGCACGUGUCGGAAGAAUUGAAUGUUUGGUUAAUGCUUUAGCGAAAACUACUCAGAGUUUAACAUCAAUGUCGAAGCGAGAGGAUCGAUUGGCUCAACAUUCGAGGUUUGGAGGAAUUGAUCUGAAACGUUGUAGCCUUCAAGAACUACAAAAAUUGGUAGUAGCAACGACAAAUAUCAUGAUUCCCUCAAGUAACAAAUUAUCACAAAAAUUAAAUCAAAACCCCCACCCUUCUUCUACCAUCUCCGGUAAUAUUAAUAAUGAUAAUUCGCUCUCCGCAAUAAUUGCCACCACCAAUGCCGCCGAACAAUCCACUUUACAUUCCGAACCUAUGGAAGAUGUAAAAAUAUAUACAGAUCAUAAUCAACAGGAGGUAGCGCCGACUUCUCCCGUUAGAACUGCCACAUCUGCCUUAAAACGUAAAACAUUGCGUCAAGAUUCAGGAUUUGUAGAAUCAAAGCACGUAAUUCCCUCUGAUAAUGCUGAGAAUACCAAGAACGUUCCAAUUAACGAAAAGAGUCGUUAUUCUGUUGAUGCAAUCAUUUAA